AUGGUUGUUCUUGGGGGCGGAUCUCCUGGACCAGCAAUUCCUGGUCCCUCCCUGGACCAGAAACUUCGUAUAAAACUGGGAUCCUCACGUGCAAAUCAUGUGCACACGCCAGCGCCAAAAGCCUCGAAAGCCCUAGCCUCCUCGCGAACUCUCCUCCCUCCCGCGUUGCCUCCCUCCCUCCAACGCCGGCCUCCAGCGCCCCUGGCGACCUCCCUCGUCGACUCCGGCCUCCCUCCCGCUCCCUCCCUCCAGCGCCGUCCUCCAGCGCCCAAAAACCCCAAAAGUCCUAGCCCUCGCGAGGCGAACUCCUCCCUCCAGCGUCGACCCUCCCGCGACCUCGAGCGCAGCGCCGCUUCCCUACCGUUGCCUCCUCAUCGCCUGCGACCUCCCUCCAACGCCCUCCAGCGCCGUCUCCAGUGUCGUCCUCCAGCGCCGUCCUCCAGCGCCGGGGGUGCUGCUCUUCUCUGA